AUGGCUUUAAGAGCACUACUCUUCUUGAUCCUUUUAAUGGCUAUCCUUGGUACCGCUAAACCACCUCUCGUGUCUACUAUUGCCCGCCUGGGCCAGGAGCAGAAGGUUGAUUGGCCCCAGAUUGAGUAUGAUCACGCUGUCCAGGCCUGCACCGUCCUCACAAUCAACGGCCAGGCGGAGGCUAUCCAGGCUAUAUUCAAUGACUUUGAGACUCAAGACGACGUAUGGUCUACCGAGUUCUCCCAAUAUGCCAUCAUCCAAGUAAUUGGCAAUGAUCAUGCUGCGCUCGCCAAAACCCAUGAAAGCUUACGCUUACGAGGCGUCAAAGUUGUUCACUUCGCCAUCCUCCCUUCCGACUCGGCUCCAUUACCUCAAGGUCCUUACUUUCUCCACCAUGGUCACCUCCACCAAGCGUAUCGUUUGUACCCCGACCAUGCCGGUGCGUUUAUCGUUUCAACAGUACCUGACGGGAAUGAUGGGUUUCGGUCUCUCGACGCGGCUGUAUACGGUGAACAGUUUCCGGGCGCUCUCACAGUCGCUGCGCCUUCCCGAUUAUAUUACUCCAAGACCGACGAGAAGCCGUUUUCUGGAAUUAGGAUUGCUGUCAAAGACAUAAUUGAUCUGAAGGGACUUAAAACAGGUGCUUCUUCUCGAGCAUUCACCGCGCUCUAUCCUGUAAAGGAAGAAACCGCCGAAACUGUCCAGCACCUUCUGGACUUAGGAUUUGUAAUUGUUGGGAAAUUGAAGAGUACCCAGUUUGCUGACUCGGAGUGGCCAACCUGUGACUACGUUGAUUAUCACGGCCCAUUUAACCCUCGCGGGGAUGGUUAUCUGACACCCAGUGGUAGCAGCUCAGGUAGCGCCUCUGCCGUUGCCACAUAUCCCUGGCUAGAUUUUGCUCUAGGAACGGAUACUCUUGGGAGUAUCAGGUCACCUGCUGCCGCACAAGGAAUUUUCUCCAUGAGACCUACGACCGGGGUGACAAGCUCAAAAGGUCUCGUGCCCUACAGUCCAAAGUGGGAUACAAUUGGUGGGUUUUCCCGCACAGCAGCGGAGUAUGUGACUCUCGCACAGGCUUUGUAUGGGUCGAAUGAAACAUACCAUAAAGCUUUCAAGAAUCCAACUAAACUCAUUUGCCCAACGGAUUACUGGCCGGUUAAAGAUGAGCCGAGUCAGAAGCUUUUUGAAGCAUUCAUUACUAAAGUGGAAGACUUCUUGGAAGUGACAUGCACCAGAAUUAGUCUUGCGGAUUUGUGGAACGAGAGUCGCCCGGCGGAUACUGAUGAAAGUAUAGAUCAAUAUCUCAAUCACGCUUUCGAGUGGUCUGCAAACCGUGAUCAGUGGCUGGGGCUACUGAAACCAUUUCUUCAAGACUACACAGACAAGAUGGGCAAGCCUCCUGUUCUUAAUCCUCAGGUACGAUUCAAAGUGGAUUACACUCCAAGUAUCACAGCAGAACAGCAAGAACUGGCCGAUAAGCAUCUCGAAACGUAUCGGAAAUGGUUUUAUGAGAAAGUAUUGCCGCCUUCAGAGGAUGGGUACUCAAGCUCUAUUAUGAUAUUACCUUGGACCACGGGAGAGCCAGCCUACCGAGACACGUAUAAAAGUGGCCCACAGCAGUUUACAGGAGAAGGCUUUUUCUUUUACAACGUGGGACCAUAUGCACAAAGCCCAGAGCUUAUCUUCCCAGUUGGAACUACGCCGUAUGUUUCCAAGUUCACUGGAAAUGUCGAACAGCUCCCCGCAGCUGCGGGUUUCAUUGCUGCCAAAGGGAGCGAUAUCAUGCUCGCUGAUUUCGUCAAGAAAAUAUUUGAUGAUAUAAAUUAUGACGCAAAACCGGCUACGACCAUUAUAGGCCAACCCUAUGAUGAGCUCUAA